AUGUCUCUGGAAUUGGAAGAUGUGACCUGGCCCACCGGUGACGUUUUUGAGGAUUUCCUCUUUGUAUUUCGACGAUGUUUGGCAAAGUAUCUGGACAUCGGGGAGGAUAUGAACGUGCCUGAUGACUUUACACAAAGCGAAUUGCAAACCGGAAAGUGGUGGCGACAUCUACUUGCUGGUGGAAUCGCUGGCGCCUUUAGUCGAACGUGCACUGCACCACUUGAUAGACUUAAAGUAUUUUUACAGGUAAAUCCCACAAGAGAAAACAUGGUACGGUGUUUAGCUAGAAUGAUUAAUGAAGGUGGUAUUAAUGGUCUGUGGAGAGGCAACGGAAUCAAUGUAAUAAAAAUUGCCCCCGAGUCGGCUAUAAAGUUCGCAGCAUAUGAACAAGUGAAGCGACUGAUAAAGGGCGAAAAAAAGAAUCAGCCCCUAGAAAUCCACGAGCGGUUUAUAGCUGGAGCGUCGGCUGGUGCAAUUAGCCAAACUGUGAUUUACCCAUUAGAGGUGCUAAAGACAAGAUUAGCUUUAAGGAAAACGGGUCAAUAUCUAGGUAUAUUGGACGCGGCACGGAAGAUAUAUGCGAGAGAAGGACUGAAGUGUUUCUAUAAAGGAUACAUUCCAAAUAUUUUGGGGAUAGUGCCUUAUGCAGGCAUCGACCUCGCGGUCUACGAGACUCUAAAGAAGAAGUACAUUAGUAAAUAUCAAGCGAACAAUUCGCAGCCGGGAAUAUUACUGUUGCUGGCCUGCGGAAGUACGUCUUGCACUUUGGGACAAGUGUGCUCCUACCCCUUGGCUCUAGUACGAACAAGGCUCCAAGCCCAAGAGAGGUCAGCAAAGGGCGCAGAGGGCACCAUGAGCGGUGUGUUCCGUGAUAUAGUGCAGCGGGAAGGAUUCCGGGGCCUUUACCGCGGUAUAACUCCUAACUUCAUAAAGGUGAUUCCUGCCGUUUCCAUUUCGUACGUGGUGUACGAAUACGCCAGCCGCUCGCUCGGCGUCAACAUGACGUGA